GUUAUGUUUGUCGACUAGAACUAACGUCGAAAUGGAGCGUAAAGUGUUCGUAGUUGGAGUCGGCAUGACGGAUUUUGUAAAACCUGGCACUGGGGGGGAUUACCCAGAGUACGGGAAAAAGGCUGUAGAAGAAGCUUUAGCUGAUGCUGGAGUUAAAUACGAUGUUAUUCAACAAGCUAUCUGUGGUUAUGCAUCAGGCGAUUCCACUUCGGGACAAAGAGUUUUAUAUCAAAUCGGCAUGACUGGCAUUCCUAUUUAUAAUGUCAAUAAUAACUGUUCUACUGGAUCAAGUGCUCUGUUUAUAGCAAAACAAUUAGUUGAAGCUGGUUUAAUAGACGUUGCUUUAGUUUUGGGAUUCGAGAAAAUGUCCCCUGGCGCGCUCGGAGGUGGCAAUUUCAAAGACAGAGCGAGCCCUUUGGGAAAACACGUGGAAAAAAUGGCUGAAAUGACUGAAGUAGUAAAAGGACCUUUAACUCCACAAUAUUUCGGCAACGCUGGUCUCGAACAUAUGAAGAGAUAUGGCACAACCAAAGUGCAUUUCGCCAAAAUCGCAGCAAAAAAUCACAGGCACGGUGCUAAAAAUCGCAGAGCCCAAAGCAAGAGAGAGUAUACGGUUGACGAAAUUCUUAAUUCGAGGAAAAUUUAUGGCCCUCUGACCAAAUUAAUGUGUUGCCCUACUAGUGACGGGGCAGCCGCCGCUGUUUUGAUGUCAGAAUCUGCUGUCAUUCGAUAUGGAUUACAGGGUAAAGCUGUUGAAAUCAUUGGCAUGGAAAUGGCUACAGAUACACCUGAUCUCUUCACCGAUAACAGUUUCAUGAAGAUCGCUGGAGCUCAAAUGACUGCUAUUGCGUCGAAACGACUAUAUGACAAGACGGGAGUAUCGGCUAUGGAUGUGAAUGUAGUUGAACUUCACGAUUGCUUCGCUACAAAUGAAUUGAUUACUUAUGAAGGUCUUCAGUUGUGUGGAGAAGGUCAGGCUGGGAAGUUUGUUGAUGAUGGAGAUAAUACGUAUGGUGGUAGAGUGGUGGUGAAUCCAAGUGGGGGGUUGAUAGCGAAGGGUCACCCGUUGGGAGCUACGGGCUUGGCACAGUGUGCUGAAUUGGUGUGGCAGUUGCGCGGUGAAGCUGGUAUAAGGCAGGUGAAAAACGCAAAGAUAGCCCUUCAACACAAUCUUGGUUUAGGCGGAGCGGUGGUCGUGGCUUUGUACAAGAAAGGAUUCACGGACGCCAAGUCGAAACUAUAACCGGAUUUGGCCGGACCCGGUCGGUUUUAUCCGGAUAAAACUGGAUUAGGAGAGUUUUGAUAUUAGUUUGCCGAAAGUUGGGAAAGUAUUAGGGGAAAAUAAUUAUCACUUUUGUAUUAACGCUCUUGAAUAUUAUUUUUAUCAACUUUCUAGAUCUAUUGAUUAAAAAAUACAUAGCGUUAUUAUUAUUAUAGUAAUGUAAUUAUUUUGAUGAAGUGACUAGUGAUGAAAUCGUUAAUGAUAAUGUAAUAACUUAUAAGAAAAAAAAAUGUUUAUAUUUUUUAAAAGUCUUACUGAAUAAAUCUUAUAUAUAAAAUUCUCGUGUCACAAAUGUUCGUUCCCGUACUGCUCCGAUACGGCUUGACCGAUUCUCAUGAAAUUUUGUGAUCAUAUUGAGUAGGUAGGUCUGACAAUCGGCCAAUAUCUAUCCGGGAGCCACAGGGCACCGGAACAAGAAGAAUAAACCAGUUUAUUGUUUUGCGUGUAAUAUGAGUAUUAAAAGAAUAAAAUUUAUAGUACCUACUAGUAGA